AUGCAAUGGGCUCUCUAUCACGACGAUAACGUCCAUUUUGCUUACGAAGCACCCUGGUGGUCGCGCGUCGUUUUGCUGGUUGACCUGGCAAUUCUCCUGCCUCUCUUUAUCAUCUUCAACUACACAUUGCCCCGCGUUUAUCCGGUGUUUGCUAUUGUCCAAGACAAGAAGCGAGGAGAAAAUGACCCCAUCAGACUCGGCAAUGUUGCCGACGAGCGAGCCCUGGAUUUCAACUCUGUCGACAAUCCCAGUCGGAUAAACUCGUCUUCUCCAGCAGCCAUUUAUCGCCUUUUGGUAGAUACCGAUGGCUUUAUGGCCAACUUCCGCGGCUUUUCUUGCGCUCUUCUCCAGAGUGCCGUCACGGCAUUCCCAGUUGUAAUCGCCGCUCGUUAUGUGCCCUUCCCAUUUGGCCGUCUGUCGAGACUUCUUCCUGCACUUGCCAUGGUUCAAUUCAGCACUCUUUGGCUACAUCUCAUCAUCUCUAAGCCAAGUCCCCGAUCGUUCUGGAGACGUGUGCCUUCGUUCGGUCGCACCUUCAGCGCAACAUGGAAAGCGGUCGUCAUUCACUGGGCCUCAGUUGAGAUCACGAGGUGGCUGCCCUACUGGAUAGCCUCGUCCAUGGGAUUCGACUGGCCUUGUUUCAACCUUCUCAUGCCCGACAACACGUACAGAUUUAGACUUGACAUGGCAACUGGAGACAUGGUCCUGUACUCCAAAUGCGCCCUUGUCAUCCUCGUUACCAUUAUCGGAUCCAUCUGUUUCAUUGUUCCCAGCCAAGUUGUCCUGAUGCGAAUCCAAGCGUCUCUUCUACCGAUUGAAGAUGACGCCAUCAUUCCAUUUGAUAGGUCUUUUGAUGGCAAGGUAGUACCUUCGAUCCUCGGCGGCCGAGGCUACGCCACGAUUUCCGACGCCUUUUACACCUUUACAUGGGCGAGUUGGAAAAACUUGGCUAUUCUUUCUAUUAAGAUUAUCCUCCUGUCCAUGUCUCUGAUUGGGUUUGUUGCUUUCUUGUUGAUUGCUCAGUGGUCUAUCAUCGUUCAAAGGACCCUGGAGCCUAACCAGUACAACUACUGA